AUGGCGAAGAAUGCAUUCUCCAGCUCGAACAAUCCUCUGUGUGAGCUUCUCAAGCUGACCUCGGAGUUCGACAUCAAGUCGCGCAAUGUAACGGAUCGAGAUGCUGAGCUACGUCGUCUGAUAAGGGUGUCCUCGAUGAUUUGCGGUGCCAAGGCUGAUAUUUACCAGAGGGAUGCACUGGAUACGAAGAACGCCGCCAUGCUCCGCGACUUGCCCAAGCUUCGCAGAGCAGUACUUCACGCGAGCAGUGAUAGGAAGGCUGUAGUGAAGACCGCAGCAGACGCCCUUGCCGCCGAGACUGGUGGUUCGCAGCAAGACACCAACCAGUCCAUACUCAAAGAUCCGUCCUCGAAAUGCGACACCAGCAUGCGGAACGACAGUACCCAGACGACAGUGCCUACUGAUUUUGAGAAGCCUCAUAAGCAGUACAACGAGCGUUUGGAUAAGCUGACCGAGAAGAUCAAAACAACGUAUCAGGCCUAUUCCCGUGUUCGUGAGGAGCGCCAAACUGCAAGGGAUGGUGAAGCGGCAGCUGUCGCCCGGAAGGAAUCAGUCGAGAAAGAAGUAGAACAGGCCGUGGGAGAGCGAGAUGAAGCCCGUGAGAGCUCUCGGAAAGCUGCAGAGGCCCUCAAGACCAUGACCGACCUGCGGGACGAAGCAGUAGCGGCAAAGGAUGCUUUGGGUAAAAGCCUUGAUACGAGCACUGAGGAAGUUGCAGAUGUACAGAGAAGGUUCAGAGAAGUGGAUCAAGCACAAAUUGCUGUCACAACCCAGCGCGACGAGAUCUCCCAAGCGCUGAGUAAAACAAGCAGUGAGCGGGACCAGGUGCAAGGGGAGCUUCUUCGUGUCACUGGGGAGCGAGACAGUGUCGUCAAAGAGCGCGACCAAGCGAUCGAGCAGCGCGACAACGCUCUCAAACAGCGUGACGAAGGCCACAAGCAAGACAAGCAGACGCUAGAGGACAUCACCGGUCAGCGUGAUGAGGCAUUGAAGACGAGUGAGACUAAAGACCAGAUCAUAAAUGGCGGUACGCAGAAGCAUGAUGCGCUCCAGACCAGAUUGAGCGAGGCAGUCCAAGAGCAAGAGCGUUUGAAAAGCGAGUUUGUCACCAUGUCACAAACGCUUGAUACUACGACGAAGGCGCGAGAUGAGGCCGUGGAACAGCGGAACAAGCUGCAGACCGUAUCUUGCACGUUCACACAAAGGCUCAGGGCUGUCAAUUUGGAGAUGGAGAAAACCAUAAAGAAGCACAACGACGCCAACGAGUCACUCUCACGUAUUACAGAAGAGCUGGACAGAACCAAAACCGCUCUAGCUGGUCAAGCCAAAGCCCACACAGACGCCAUUAAAGGCGUGCGAAACGAGGAGGAGAUCAAAGCAAGAACGCAGAUCGAAGCCAUCCGUGAACGAAUGAAUCGAGAGCUGGAAAAUGUCUGGGACGACAUUCGAGGAUAUCGGAAUACGAUUGACGACCUCACAACGGAGCUCCGCGAAGGCAGGACAAGGGAAAAGCAUCUAAGGGUCGGCCUCCUCGGCCUUCAACAUCGCUUCAUUGUGAAUGAUAGAAUCACGAAGGAGCAUAUGGCCAUGAGACGGACGCAGGCCGAGCAGAACCGGCGCCUGACGAGCAGCAUGCACCAUCAGCAAGUCGAUAGUCUAAAGGUCCGCCUGUCCAAUGCAACCUUCCAGUCAGAUGAAGAUGCGGCACAGCUGGAACUCUGCGAGAUGGAGCUGGAACGGUUGCGAGAGCAAUUCGAGAAGAGCACGACCCAUGUCGACAUCCUCACCGAGUACGCUCUCAAAAUCGAGGAGGGCCAUCAAGCGUACACCGCUGACCUCGAGGUAAAGAUCAUCAAUGCCGAAGACCAGGCCAAGGAGGCUCAGGAGAACUACGAUGAUCUGAUGAAACAGUACAUGGCCCUUCACCAGUACGACACCGACAUCUACGAGUUGAACUGCAAGAACGAAAAGCGGGCACAGCAAUCAGAGGCCCGCUGCAAAGCCUUGGACGAAGACGUCAAGGUGGGGAAGGCUUCGCGCGCCCGGGUUGAAGAGGAGGUCAAAGCUCGCAUCGCCGUCUCCGAUGCCAUGGCGCGCAUUCAGUGUUCAAGGCAGUACUUAGAUGACGUGGAAGUGUCUAUGGCCGUUGGUGCUUCGCAGAUGGACCAGCUGGAGGCGUUACUCAAUACUCUGUAG